AUGGCUGGGACCACACUUCCUCUCCACGGCCUCACGGCCGUUGGCGUGGCUCCAUCCACAAUGGUUCUCGCUGCAUUGCCUCACAGCCUCGUGGCUGUCACAACCUUGCAGCCACACGGCCUUGCGGCCGAUUCUAGUAGCCAUUAUCCAUAUGGCCUCACGACCAAAUCCGAUGCACACCACCAUGUCUAUACCGCGAUCCAUGUUGAUGCCUCUCAUGGCCAUCUUGUCAACACUGCAGACUACGGUGCAAUCUUGGAGCAAGUGCGACCAUUCCCUCAUUUUCCACUGUGCUUUAUGUUCGCUAAUGUGCACACCUUCAACGAAACCCUAGGCCGCUUGCAAUUGGGCUUCAAAUAA